GGCUUAGCUUAGAGCAGAUGUUUUCUUUUUCUUGAUUCUUUGGUUAUCGUGUUUCUCACUUUAUGAUCAUGCUAUUGCUGUAUACAAACCCUGCGUACAAGCGAGCUACAUGCACAGACGGGAAGCUUUUUCGCUAUAAAUAUCGGGAAUCUUCGCACAAUCUCCCUGUGCUCACAGAAAGAGAAAUGGAAACUAAAUCUACUAGCCCUUGUUCAGGCAGUUCAAGCUUACAAUUUUGCACGUUUCUUCUUAUUAUUUCUCUUCUUUUGCUAUCAAAAGUUCAAGAAUCCUCAGCAGCAGCCAUCGCCACCACUAGAACUUCUAGAACCGCCUAUAUUAACUUCCUAAAAACAGCUUGUAAUUCCACUACAUACCCAAAACUCUGCUACGUCUCUCUCUCUCCCUACGCCUCCACCAUCAAAACCAAUGAUCUCAAGCUUUGUAACACCGCAUUAAACAUAACACUGAAAGUUGCCAGAAACACGUAUAAGCUGUUCAAAACUAUGUCGAGGCAGAAGGCCCUGAGCAAGACUGAAGUUGGAGUUAUUAAAGAUUGCCAGGAAGAAGUCGGAGACAGCAUUGACGAGCUCAAGCAAGCAUUGAAGGCUUUAAAAAUUCUAAAUGCUAAUGACAAAAAUGUGGAGUUUCAAAUAGCUGACAUAAAAACAUGGGUUAGUGCUGCGCUUACAGAUGAAAACACCUGCACGGAUGGAUUUGAUGGCCUGAAGAUAGGCUCUGCAUUGAAGAAACAGAUCAGCAAGAUCAUAUCCAAUUUUGCUAGUUUCACUAGCAAUGCUUUGGCUCUCAUUAACAAACUAGAUCAGUGAUAUGUUGUACAUAUACUCUUACUCUUCUUUCGUCUUUUUUUUCCACCUUUAGUCUUAUUUUCAUCAUUUUGCUUCCCAUUUGUACCAUAAAUUUAUGUAUGAUGAUCAAUAAUGUGUCGAUAAUCUAUUACUUUUCUUGA